AUGGUCGUCAAGGUUGGAAUCAACGGCUUCGGUCGCAUCGGUCGCAUCGUCUUCCGAAAUGCUGUUGAGCACGAUGAUGUCGAGAUCGUUGCCGUGAACGACCCCUUUAUUGAAACCAAUUAUGCUGCGUAUAUGCUCAAGUAUGACUCCACACAUGGCCAAUUCAAAGGCGAUAUCGAGCACAGCGGCGGUAACAACCUGACCGUCAACAAUAAGACCAUCCACUUCUAUCAGGAAAGGGACCCCACCAACAUCCCCUGGGGCAAGCACGGCGUCGACUAUGUCGUCGAGUCCACUGGCGUCUUCACCACCACUGAAAAGGCCAAGGCCCAUUUGUCUGGUGGCGCCAAAAAGGUCAUCAUCUCCGCCCCAUCCGCUGAUGCCCCCAUGUUCGUCAUGGGUGUCAACGAGAAGAGUUACCGGCCCGACAUCUCCGUCCUCUCCAACGCCUCUUGCACCACCAACUGCCUCGCUCCACUCGCCAAGGUCAUCCACGACAACUUCGGUAUUGCUGAGGGACUCAUGACCACCAUCCACUCCUAUACCGCCACCCAGAAGACCGUCGAUGGCCCUUCCCACAAGGACUGGCGUGGUGGCCGCACUGCGGCUCAGAACAUCAUCCCCAGCAGCACUGGCGCCGCCAAGGCUGUAGGAAAGGUCAUCCCAGCUCUCAACGGCAAGCUCACUGGCAUGGCCAUGCGGGUGCCCACUGCCAACGUGUCCGUUGUUGAUCUCACCUGCCGCACUGAGAAGCCCGUUACAUACGACCAAAUCAAGGCCGCCGUCAAAGCUGCCUCCGAAGGCGAGCUUAAGGGCAUUCUCGGCUAUUCCGAGGAUGCUCUCGUCUCCACCGACUUGAACGGUGACCCUCGCUCCUCCAUCUUCGAUGCCUCUGCCGGCAUUGCCCUGAAUGACCGUUUCGUCAAGCUUAUCUCGUGGUAUGACAACGAAUGGGGCUACUCCCGCCGUGUUCUUGACCUUAUCGCCUACAUCGCCAAGGUCGACGCUGGCAAAUAG